GUUUGGAUCGAUCCGAUUGUGUCCUUGUGUUGCCCAUGGUUACGGCUUCAGCAGCGAAUCCACUGAAGGUGAAGGCCGCGUCAGGCCGCCCGGCUGAACCCUCCAACUGGUAAUCACCAUUUUGAAGUGAAAAUGGGAAAGAAAAAGAAAGAUGGUAAAGGAGGUAGUGAAGAUAAAAUGGCUUUAGCAGAAGCUUUUCUCCAAUUUCGAUUUCAGUUAAAAGAAAAAGCUAUGGAAAAAUUCACGCAUGAAAUACAACAGCUUGAAGAAGUGAAGGCACAAAACCUUGAACAUAAUGAACAGUUGAAGAAGGAACAAAAGGAGCACAUCAGACUACUAGUCAGAAGAGCCAAGGAGCUGGAGAAAGAGCUGGAGCGCAAAGAGAAAAUCAACAAUGAACAAGUAGCACAAGCUCUGAAAGAAAAAUUGGACCUAAUUAAACAGAGUAAACAGGAAACACAAGAGUUACAGAACUCUAUAAAAGCUGUGGAGCAGAAAAUUCAGAAGGAGGAAGAAGUGAAAGCAUACUGGUUGGAGUACAAGAACGUUGGAAGCAUUGAACAUAGCAGAAUUAUUACAGUUCGAGAAAAUGAGCUUGUAGAACUGGUGAAAAAUUUUCGUGAGAUUGAAGGUCACUUUCACAGAGCCUUAGCUAGAGCAAAGGAAGAAAUUGACAGAAUAACGAAGGAACAAAUGGAUGAAAAAAAGGCAAUGGCUGCAGAGAAGGCUGUAGGUUACAUGGGUAGAUACAGUCGCCAACAAGUAAAGGAAAAUGCAUGGCUAAAGAAAGAGCUAAAUCUAUAUAAUCUGGAAGUUACUAAUCUAGAACAAGCAGUUCAAAACAUUGAACAGGACAAUCUGAAAGUUUUGAGUCAACUGUUUGAUUGCCAGAUCAGUGACCUUAAUGUAUGCAGAAACUUAUUCAAAAUUCGUGCAGCUGAACCCAAGAGCCAAGAUGGUGGGAUUCUGGAAGGUGAAUUAGCAGAAUUUGAGUUCAGAGGUGAACCAUCAGAAACAGCUGCUAUUGUAGAAAUCAGUGAUGAUUCUAGCUUCAGCCUACCAAAACUCAAGAGUGCAACAUUUCUUGCAUCAGAGAAGAAAGUUCCAGCAACACAACCAUAUUUUAAAGAGGAAAGGACAGAAACACAUGAUGACGAGCCACAGUUCCAGUUGGGCAAAUCUGUAUCACAGAAUCUCACCUACUUGUUGCAGGAGGAUGAAAAAUGCUUUAAGUAUUUUGAUUGUGGUGCCAUGGAACAGAAGCUGUUGCACGUAGAGGGCCGAGCUAUGCCUCUUGAAGACAUCGCACAAGUUCCCAGUCAAGGAAAGAAAAAAGAGACAAAAUCAAAUGAAGAGGAGAUGAUCUGGCCUGUUACUGGUACAAUGCUCAGAUCUGCUAUAUUAUAGAUCCUUAAAAUUUAAUCAUGAGGACGUAACAUUACAAACACAGGUUACCAAUGAUCAGAAACUCAUCUGGACAAACAGUGGCUACAAAGAGCAGGUCAGAGGCUAGGAAUAUUGUGGUAACUCACCUCUUGACUCUCCCAACUCUGUUCAUCAUCUACAGGGAACAAUUCAAGAGUGUGAUGGAAUACGCCCCACUUGCCUGGAAGAGUGCAGCUCAAACUCAAGAAACUAACACCAUCCAGAACUAAGCAGCCUGCUUAUUUAGCAGCGCAUCCACUCCCUCCACCAGUGACAGUGACACUCAGUAGCAGCACUGUGUACUGUCUGCAUGAUGCACUGCAGAAAUUCAUAAAUCCUUAGAUAGCACCUUCCAAUCCCAUGACCUGCUUCAUCUAAAAGGACAAAGGCAGCAGAUACAUGUGAAAACGAUUUGCAAGAUCCCUCCAAGUCAUUCAUCAUUCUGACUUGGAAAUACAGGCGUUCCUUCACUACUGUUGGGUCAAAAUCCUAGAAUUUCUUCCCUUCAGCACAAGGGCUGCAGCAGUUCCAGAAGGCAGCUCACCAACAUCAGCACAAAAGCACAACAAAAAAAAUGGCAAAAAAAUGCUGGCCUAGUGACACCCACAUGUGAGUCAACAAAAAAAAAACCUCAGGUAACCUGCUGAUAUCUCUCACAUCCCAUAUCCUCACCACAGCUUACCUUCUACCUGACAUAGCAAGAACAGCAGAUGCUGAAGUCACGGAUAGCAAAGUGUGGAGCUGGAGGAACACAGCGGGCCAGACAGUAUCAGAAUAACAGGAAACCUGACAUUUCGGAUUGGGAUCCUUCUACAGAAAAUGGGGAGGGGCAGGGAGCUCAGAAAUAGAACACAGAACAUUGAACAGUCCAGGCCCUUCAGCCCACAAUAUUGUGCUGACCUAUCAUCCUAAGAUCAAACUAUCCUGCAUACCCUACAGUAUACUAUCAUCCACGUGCCUAUCCAAGAGUUGCUUAAAUGUCUCUAACAUAUCCAACUCCAUUACCACUGCAAGCAGCACAUUUCAUGCACCACCACUCUGCGUAAAGAACCUACCUCUGACAUCUCCCCUUAUACCUUCGUUCAAUCACCUUAAAAUUAUGCUUUCUCAUAAUGGUCAUUUCCACACUGGGGAAAACAGUCUCUGGAUAUCAACUGGAGGAGUCCCAAUGUCACAAUGAUGCCAUCCACAAACCGGAGGAGAAACACCUCAAGUUCCAUCUUGGGAGCCUACAACUCAAUGCCCUGAACAUGGAUUUUACCAGUUUCAAAGUUUGCCCACCGCUGGCCUCAUCCCAUAACCAACCCUCCCUCUCAUCCUCCUUGACCUGACACAACCAAUCCAUUUUCUCUCCCACCAUUUGCCCCUCCUGCCUCACUGACCAAUCCCGACCACUGCCUACCUGCACUCACCUAUUAUCAUCCUAAAUACCUUCCCCAUCCCCCCCUGCUCUCUAUUUAUUUCUGAGCUCCCCUCCCCAUUUCUGAAGGAUCCCAGCCCCAAAUGGCAGUUUUCCUAUUCCUCCAGCUACACACUUUGUUACCUUCUACCUGGUUUUGUUUUAUUGGUAAAAAUGGAUACAUUAUUCCUCUUGAUCUGAAGUCACUGAUAUAGAUUACAAGUCUGGGGCUCCAGCAUAAUUUUCGUGGCACUCAACUCGUCACAGUCUGUCAAAAUUGAAAAAUCUCAUUUAUACCCACUCUGCUUCCAGUCUGUAUUCUCUAUUCACAAUGUUUCAUUCCCAACAUCAUGAGCUGACGGGUUCGGAGGAAGGGUCACCAGACGCGAAAUAUUAAUUCUGUUUUUUUCCUUCACAGAUGCUGCCAGAUCUACUGAGCUUUUCCAGCAACUUUUUUUGUUCUGAUUCACAGCAGCCACAGUUCUUUUGGUUUUCAUGAGCUCACACCCUUGGGACCUUAAAGAUCAUUUAGAAAUUCAACUACAUACAUUUCCUGAUUCUCCUUUAUCUGUGCUACUAUUUAGAGUUAAAUAAAAUUUCUAGUUUGUAAGAUCAUGUUGACUUGCUGUAAUCAUACUCUGCUUAAGAGUUUUCUUAGAACUUCCCAAAUAAAUUGAUUCCAGAAAGGAAUGGUUGAUGUCAGGCUAACUGGACAGGAGUUCAUGUGUUCUCUCUCCUUGGGUACAGUUGCCGACUUCAAAAAUCUAGGAAUGUUGUGGAGUCUACAGGAAUAUGAAUAAUUAUAUGCAGCAUUUCCAUCAUCUCAGCAGCUCUGUAUUUUUGAACCCUACACCAGUUUGAAUUAGUUUUUGAAAUUUUUCCUUUUAUUUACCAACAUUUAUUUUAGUCAAUUUAUUCAA